CAGGAAGGCUGGGUAGAGUGGGUUCUCUGUAAGGGCAAAAGAAAGUUCACACGCCGAGAAUCCAGCGGUGCAAAAGUGCCCUUUAGUUCCGCAGGGUUGGUUGGUUAUUUAUUUUUCUCCGAAAAUGACCACGGCUGUGGUGCCGCCUCUGUUUGACUUCAGCGAAGUUAUCAACAACAAGAACAACAAAAUGCUGAAUUACAAUAACAACAUACUUGGUGCUCCACACACCAUGACUGUGCCUUGCACUGGUGCAAAUCUGACCAUCUCCAGCCCCACUGGGAGCCUGCUGGACAGGAAGGCUGUGGGGACACCCACCAUUGGUGGGGUUUACCAACGACGGCACUCGGUCACUUUGCCUAGCAGCAAGCUCAACCAGAACCAGUUCCUGAGCAAUGGGAAGGCAGAUCUGUCAUUGGUAGGCCCUGGGAUGGGCAGCAGCAGCAACAAAGAGAAUCGACUUCGAGAUCGUUCCUUCUCGGAGACUGGGGACCGGCUGAUGCAGAAGUGCACCGGAUCUGGUGGCACUGGAAGCAGUCAGGUGAACUCGAGCCGCUACAAAACAGAGCUGUGCAGGCCAUUUGAAGAGAAUGGUGCAUGCAAGUACGGUGACAAGUGCCAGUUUGCCCAUGGCAUCCAUGAGCUCCGCAGCCUUAGCCGCCACCCCAAGUACAAGACAGAACUCUGCCGCACCUUCCACACAAUUGGCUUCUGCCCUUAUGGGCCACGCUGCCACUUUAUCCACAAUGCAGAAGAGCGCCGUGGACCUCCAACUGCCCCAUCCCCACUCUCAACAUCCAACAAGCUGGAAAGGCCACGGCUUCAGCACAGCUACAGUUUUGCAGGGUUUCCCAGCUCUGGAGGCCUAAGAGACAGCCCCACCUCUGUCACGCCUCCACCCAUUUUCUCCCCAGACGAGCUGCCUGAGUGGCCUAGCAGCAAUCCCUUCACUUACUCCAGCCAGGAGCUGGCCAAUCUCUUCGGCCCCAGCUUGGGCACUGGGUCUGGUGCUGAUCCCACUGUCCAUGCACCAUCCUCUCCAUCCAACACCCCUUACUCCUUUAGGCCCAUGUCAGAAUCUCCCCAGUUCUUUGAGUCUCCGUCCAGCCAGCCAGACUCCCUCUCUGACCAGGAGGGCUACCAGAGCAGCUCAGGAGGGAGCCUGAGUGGCUCAGAAUCACCCAUCCUUGAUACCACCCGCCGACUGCCCAUCUUCAGCAGGCUGUCCAUCUCGGAUGAUUAAGGUGCAUAAGCUGAAUAUCCUAUAUUGGAACUCGGCAGUGGGCAAAGAGCACGAGAGGUGAACUUGCCCUCUACCUCCUGCUUAUUCUCUAGCCUUCUAGGGGCAGUAAACUUCCCUUGUAUCAGUUAGGCUUUAAAAAGAUGCAGUCAAUUAAGGGAACUCUUAUUUGAAUCUUUAUUUAACCACAACAAGCAAAACCUUUCUCCCCAUUCCCUUUGGCCCAAAGCCUGUUUGCUGCCUUGGCCUUAUCUCCGAUGCCUUGCCAUGACAUGUGACUGUGCCAAAACAGCUAGAGCAGGAAUUGGAUUGGUGAAAGGUGAGAGACUGUUGUGCCAGGCACUGCUGCCUCAGUAGUGCGUAGGUGAGCUACAGGUGGCACGUUCAGGGAAAAGUUCUGCUCUAAGGACCCUCCCCAAAAUAGUACCACUCAAGGACACUUCUAACUAUCUAAAUGGGUUUGCUAGAGUCAUGUUUAAAUCUUUUUUACAGCUGUCUGUUGCAGACUAACCUCAAGUAAAUAAGUAAAGUGCUUGGGGUUUAAAUGUUGAGGUGAAAGGACUGCUGUCACUUCAUUAGUUGCUUCCAACCUAGUAUAGUAGCUUUUGUUCUGAGCAUUCUUCUACCCCUUUUUAGAUAGUAGAUUGUGUCAGUUUGGAGGAUGAACUUGUGAGCUUGAAACUGGGAGUUGGAGUAUUUGGCACAUUUUUGGUUUUUAUCAUGUGCUCCAGCUUGGUCCUAAAACUAGCACAAAACUGUAAGAUUUUGGAUGCCUUACAAACGAACAACUUCACUUGCCCCACCACUACAGUUUCCCCCCACUGUGGCUGGUCACUUGGCGUUUCUUGUGAAAGAAUCGCCAAACCUGGUGAUUUACAUCUUAAACACUGACUUUUUACUCACCUUUCAAUCAGUGAAGGGGAAUUCCAGCAUUCCCAAGGUGCAGCUGAACUUCCUGCAACUUCACCUUAGAUCUUCAAGCUAACUUGCUUUUUCCUUAAAAUCUGCUCAAAGGAGUGCUUGGUAAUUUCAUCAUAUCUUUCCAUCUUUUUUUUUUUUCCCCCCCUCCUCCCCAUUUGACGUCUCGUCAUUGUUAUUAUGGUUAUAUUAUUGUUUGGAAAAGAAAACUUUCAAGACAGAAGGUUUUGCUUGUCACUGCUUAUUUAACUUAUCAAACAUAUUUAUUGGUGAUCAUAUGCAUUUUUUUGUUAAUUUUGUUUGUAUUUAUCUUAAUGAAACGAUAGAAUAUAUUUUCUUUUAUGUUAAAUUAUGAUCUUCUGUAUUAAUCUUAAGAUUGUGAAGACUUGUCAACUUUUCUUUUUUCACAGUUAAUAUAUUGUACUACAAUGACUUGUUUGCAACUACACUUUGAUAAAAAUGAAACUUAAUUUAAAGCAAAAACAAAAAAAAUCCUGUGUUUUGAUUAUUUAUUGUAGAUUUUUCCAUUCAUUUUUUCCCAAAUAUUGGACUGCAACCAUUAGGUCUAAUGUUUCUUUGAUUUAUCCUCAGUAGAGUGACAUCAGUACACUCAGUUUAUUUUUGUACGUUGUACUCAAAUUUUUUUUCCCUCCCUCACCCUUAUUUUAUUUUUUUUUUAAAUUUAAGGCAAGUUUAGUCCUUGCAUGUAGCAUUUUCCCAUUAGUGCCAGAGGUGGUAAUACAGUAUCGGUAGUAUUGAACUGUAUAUUAUGAGCACUAGAUAUCCUGGAACAUGGCUAGCAGAACAUUUACCAAUGAUAGUAGCAAGUUUGAUUUAAGACGAUGGCCUUAAAGCUUCUGCUUACAUUCUAGGUACCACCCUGAAGUGCAUUUUAAUGUUGCGUUGUGUUCAGUGGAGUUGAUUGUGGUGUGAAAUCAAUGCAGGUUACAAAACUUCAGUGUUAAAAGCAGUUCCUCCAGUUACGUGUGUUAAUUAGACGAAUUGCAGGCAAUAACUGUGACCAAACGGGUUGGAUAUUAAGUGUCCCUUUUUUGUUUAAUAAUUGGAUUUAUUUUAAUACUUCUUCCAACCCUGAUGUAAAGUGCCUCUCUUUUUAUACAUUCCAUUGAGCUUAUGCUCCUUGCCUUGAAUAACAAUGCAGAAGCUACGUUUUGAGUAGUUAUUCCUCAGUUGUUGAAGAUUGGCUAACAGGAUAGAGACAAAGAAAGUAUCUAGCCUAAACUGUUGAAUGUAUUUUUAAACAGCUUUUGCUGUUCACUACAGUAAUGUCUGUGAGUUUAUAUAAGGUUUUUUUUUUUGUAGUAUUGACUGAUUUGCAGUUAAAACCAAUAAACCCCAUAUUUUUCAGAAAA